AUGGCUGAACCACCCACCACUGAAACAGCGAUGCCCGCCCCCGUCGCUUUCAAGCAAAGGAGCCGACGAGCCAAGGACAACGUGAGAAAGCGACCUGCCAGCCCCUUGCUAGCGCAUGGCGACUCCUCUUCCUCUUCUUCAGACGACGAGCGCGGCGCUGUAGACGGACCUCGGACCAAGCGCAACAAGAAGGCAGCGAUCUCAGCGUCCUCGACGAGUCAACGAAACCCCGAUCAAGAUCACGGCCCUACAGCCUUCCUCGCGAACCGUGAAGUGCCAAUAUCAGACACAAACGAUGCCACGAAGCGGAAAGACUGGUAUGAUCAACCGACAACCAAGGGCCCCGCUCGCGCUGCCUCCAAUGUGCGCAUCACUACAACCUUCGACUUCAAGCCCGACGUCUGCAAAGAUUACAACAAGACCGGGUGGUGUGGUUUUGGCGAUGCUUGCAUAUUUCUUCACUCGCGAGAUGACAUCAAGCAAGGAUGGCAGCUUGAUAAAGAAUGGGAAGACGUGGUAAAGAGCAAGAAGAAGACUAGCGGUGAUCGCGAAGCUGUGGAGGAUGAGGGAGACGCAGAAAUGCUGGAAAAGAUCCCUUUUGCAUGCAUUAUCUGCGAGGGGCCUUACAAGCAACCUGUCGUCACGCGAUGUGGCCAUUAUUUCUGCGAGGCAUGUGCCCUCAAGAGGUACAGGAAGGAUCCCACGUGUAAGAACUGCGGGGCUGCGACCAUGGGAGUUUUCAACACAGCGUCGAAAUUGGAGGGACUGUUGCGACGGAAGAGAGAGCGUGAAGAGAAGCUGGGGGCAGCACAAGAACGAGAUGAAUAG